AUGGAGAAUUUGAUGGAGAUUGCUCAAAACAAAAAACAAUGGAGGCAUAUUGUCGAGUCGGCUAAAACCCACGAAGGGUUAUCGAUGAUACUUAGUAGAAGACAAAAUGACGAUGAUUCACGUGAUGGAUUUUCGAAGUGGCCUUUUAUGACUACGCACACCUGGGGUGAAUAUCCACAGGGUACUUGGACCCUUGAAGUAAAGUUUAACUCACAAAUUCCACAAAGAGGGUACUUAAAAGAAUGGUCUCUGAUGCUACACGGUACCAAAGAGCCACCCUAUACAGAACUACCGGUACUCGACCCUCAUUCCAAAUUGGCGAUUGUCAAGAAAGCGCAUGAAAGUAGGAGCAAAAUGUAAUAUGUUAAGCGCUCAGUAUUUUUUUAAUUUUCAA